AUGUCAUUCAUGGAUAAACGAUUCACACCAAAAUAUAAAACAAUUUCAGAUGGAGCUGAAAUGAUUCGAAAUAAUCAAUUCAGUCUAUUAAAAGAUAAAAUUAAAAUAAAUUGCAGAUAUUUACAAUUUCAUGACAAAAGAUAUUCACAAUUUUAUGACAAAAUAGGUUGUGAAAUUGAAAAUUUACAAGUAUAUCAACUAUUCAUAGAAGAGUUUAAUCAUAUACCAACUGUUGAGGAUUUAAAAAUAGCAACUUCAUUUGGUGCAAACAAAUUCAUUAGAUAUCUAUUAGAAAAAUCACAACUAGAACAACCAAAAUUUGAAAGAUGA